CGGGAACAGCUUAAGUCACUAGCUGUUGAUCACAUCAUGGGAGAUAUGGAAGAGGGUGCAAAUGUUCAAAGGCCACCAUUGCUACGUGGUCAUAACUACAAUUUUUGGAAAGGCCGAAUGAGAGCUUUCCUUAAAUCUCUAGGAGGUGGUGUAUGGAGAAGCGUGGAGACAGGUUGGACAGAACCACGAAAAUACUCAGAAGAUCUGACCACAUCAACUAUUAAGCCUUUUGAAGAGUACAGCAGAACAGAAGCCAUUGCAGCAGAGUUCAACGACAAAGCCCUGAAUGCAAUUUUCGGAGCAGUUGACUCUACUCAGUACAAACUUAUCUCAAACUGUGACAAUGCCAAGGAAGCUUGGGAUAUUCUCGAAGUUACUCAUGAAGGAGAUGAGGAAGUAAAAACAGCCAAGUAUCAAAUUCUCAUGACACAAUACGAGAAUUUACGCAUGGAUGAUAAAGAAAAAAUAACAGAAUUUCAUGGUAGAGUGAGAGAUAUCGCAAAUCAGGCUGCACGUCUAAAUGAAUCCAUCCCUGAAAACAAGCUGGUGCUCAAGGUAUUGCGAUCAUUGCCAAAAGAAUAUGACAUGGAUGUCAAAGCAAUCAGAAGGUCUCACAACAUAAAAAAUAUGACUCUUGAUGCACUCAUGGGAAUACUGGAGUCAAUUGAGCUUGACAUGAUGGAAGACAGUAAGCGUCGGAAGCCAGAUAAACAAAUUGCUUUCUCCACCACAGAGGCAGAAGAUGACAGUGAACAUGAUAUGUCACUAGAUGAAGACUUUCAGGAACAACUGUCACUCUUCACACGCCAGUUCAAAAAACAAUGGAUGCAGAAGAAAGGAAAUCAACGAAUGGAGGGAACAUCAAAGGGACCUUUUCAGAAAGAUACCAAGCCCAUAGAAGUUAAAUACCCAGACAAUGUCACUUCCGUGAAGAAAAAGGGACCACAAUGCUUUGAGUGCGGUGGAUAUGGACAUAUUCAGUCUGAAUGCGCAAACAACCUGAAGAAAAAGAGACAGGCAUUUACCGCAACCUGGAGUGAUGAAGAAGUAGAUGAGCUUGGUGAUCACGGUGAGCAAAAUUGUGCUUUCAUUGCUUGUGAAAACUCAGAUUUGGAAGACAGUCUUGCUGAACAACUUGAAGAUCUACAAGAGAAGUGGACAGAACUGCUGAUGGUUACCAAACGGAAUGUGGCAGACAAAAACAGGUUACUCUCUGAAAUGGAAGCACUUAAACAGAAGAUUGAAGAAUCAAAGCACAAGAUCACCAAACUAGAAGGAGAAAACUCAAACUUGCGCUAUGAAAUUAAUCAACUGAAGUCCUAUCAGAAGUGGAUUAAGGUGGCAGGAGCUGAGAUGCUAGAUCAUCAUUCACUUAUGGCAAAGCCUCCAGGAGACAUGACAUGUAUUGGGUUUACCAACAUAGGAAGUACCUCAAAAUCUCAAGAGAUUAAGUUUGUCAAAGCACUUGAGAGAGCACCUCCUGAAUACCAAGUCAAAAGAAGUCUUCUGAAUGGCACUCAUAACGAUCACUACACCUCCUACAGAUGCUACAGAUGUAGAGAAUGGGGACAUGUAAAACGUCAGUGCAUCAAGGAAUGGAGUCAGCAGGUCACUUCAAAGAAGAAAUUCAAACAGAUUUGGAUACCCAAACAAUAUGCCAUGGUCGCAAAUACAUGUUAUAGGGUUACUCCAGAUCAGUGGCUUCUUGAUAGUGGUUGUUCUCAUCAUAUGACAGGUGACAAAGAAAAUCUUAUGGAUCCGAAACCCAAUGAACAAGGAAAUCACAUCAAAAGGUUACGUAUCAAGAAGGAGCUGUGGGCAAGACAUAGCUGGCCUCGUCUGCUAGCCAUGAAGAAGGAGAAACAAUCUGAUGAAAAUCAGAAAUCAACGACAAGCUGCAACGAAAAAGAAAUUUCCCCUGAUCAUGUUCUGGGAAAUUCAGAGGAACAGUGCACGGAUGAAAAAACUGAAGAUGUUGAAGGAAAAGAAGAUGUUGAAGAUGAUGUUCUGCUAGGUCCUGUGGCUGAAAUUUCAGGUACACUCUAUCUGAAGCAUACACCUGCACAACAGAUAAAUGACAUGCAAAUGGAGGAAGAAGAUGAUCCGGUGCAAGAAAAGGAAAUUCCAGAUCUCGUAGAUGAGGAGCCACUCAUUGCAUGUUCAGAUGUACCCUUUGAAGACUCACAACCCACAACUCCAGUGAUCAAGAAGAAACAGGUGAAGAAUUCUGGAUACAGAUGGUCCCUUCGUCAAAAGGCUAAAGAAGACCAAGAGGCUGAAAAAGCUGAAGAAAUUCAAGCAAGAACAAGUCCAGAAAAGGGGGUGAAAAGGAAAGGGAAAUCCAAGGAUGAACUUGAAGAGUGUACAAAAAGGCUGAAAAGGUCACCCACUAUCGAAAGGCUCACCACCAGGAGUCAAAUCAACAAAAAGAAAGGUGCUGACGCUGAGAAAUUACCAAAACCAGGGAAGUUUCCUAAUCAAGUCUUUAUCUCAUCAACUGCUAGUUUCUUUAUGUCUGAAAUUACAAAGAAAUCCAUUCUGCCCCAAAGAAGCAUAGAUGUUGAUGAUUUUGAAACUAAGACCAAUCUAAUUCCUGUGUUGAAACAAUCCCACCUGCUCAAAUCUGUCACCAUACCUGGUUCAUAUGUGAGAAGAGUAAUACAGGAGUUUUAUUGUAAUCUGAAUGAGAGCUGCAACACACCUUCCGACCCCUCCUUCCAUAAGGUAUUUUUGAGAGGCAAGACUUAUGACCUAUCCCCAGCUAAAAUCAAUAAGUUUUUGCACACAAAAUCAAUCUCCUCAGAGAAAAAUGUGAAUGAACGCCAAGUCUGGACAGAUCUUACCAAUGGUGAGCGAAUAUCUCAGACCUCCAAGUCCAAAGUCCCAUCAUCUAUCCUAAAGAGUUCAUAUGCUAUCCUAUUCCGAGUUGCUGCUUAUCACUGGCUUCCCACCACACAUAUGAACACAGUCCCUCUGUGCAUGGCCACUCUCAUUUACAAGGUUAAACAUGGAAUUCCGUUUAAUCUGGGAAAAAUCAUCUAUGAUCAGAUCCUAAGCUUUGCAUCUGGGAGAGCAAAAUCCAACACAAAUGGACUGCCUUAUCCACUGCUUAUUUUCCAAUAUCUUAAGUCACAUGGACUUAAUGUUGCAGAUGAAGAAGAACCAGCACCUCCUCUGUUGCAGGUGGACAUGAGGCACUUUGAAGGGAGGCAUCACAAUGAUAUGGUGAUGGAUGAAAGCCAGAGGACUGCUACUGCCUUUCUUGGAUCAGACUUCUCUCAAACAGCAUUUCUCAGAACAGAAAUCCAACUGCUCCAAGAACAAAUUGAAAGACACAAAGAACUGAUCAAAGCAGCUGAAGUAAAGAAGAAGAAAAUGGCCAUCAUACUCUCUUCUCUGGAUGCAAAAACAGGUUCAACUGCACAGCCUCAGGGGGAGGACUCCAAGGAAGAUACAUCAGAAGAAGAUGAUGCUACUCAGGGGGAGCAAAGUGAAGGGAAUGAUACUCUUGCAGAUGAGGAUUCAGACUUUGAAGCUGAGCUCCACAAGUUUGAUACUACUGAUGAUUAAUUUCGAAAAAAAAAGAUUUGUGUUGUUU